UACAGCCCGCAGGGCUUGAGGUCAAAUAUACCGUCUGAAUCCCCUACCAUCUUCUUUGCCACCCCAACUAAACUGGUGUCUGAGUCAAAUGCUCCAGUGGAGUAUAUGGGUGCCAACAAGGUUCCAGAUCUCCAGAGGAUAUUUCAGGCCUCCGAAGAGAUUCCUGUUCAUCUGAAACGAGGUGUUUCAGACAGACUCUUGUACAGGACCACUAUGGCACUGACAGUCGGGGGAGCUCUCUACUGUCUCGUAGCUCUUUAUAUAGCAGCACAGCCCAAAAACAAAUGAACUGUACCCAGCCUAUUUUCAUCAACUCACAUCAUCAGCAUUGAAAUAACAUUUGCGAUGUGUAACUUUGUUGUAUUUAUUAUGAACAUUAUUAGCAAAAUGCCUCCCAGCAUCAAUCACUAUGAACAGACACUCUGCCCUGACAAAGCUUUUUACUGAACAAUGCCAUUUUACUUGUGUGUCCUGUAUCAGAUCUGGGAUGUUGUUAGUUGUGUUUAUUAGAACAGUGGUUCUCAAUUUUUGUAAUUCCAAGGCCCCAAAAGUCAGUAUUUCAUGCCCCCCCCCAACCCACACAAUUGUCAUUUUUUCUUGUGCUGAAAUGACAACAAAAACAUGCAUGUUUUUAAACCUUUUUAUUUAAAGGAACUAGGGGGAUAAUUAUUAAUUUCAGUGUUAUACAAUUGUUAAUUUAAUGUGGUGUAGUGUAAAUUUCCAUUUUUUUAAUCUAGAACAUACUUUUAAAAAUAAAGGUUCCAACGGGAGGGUUUUCACAACAAUACCAUACAAAAGCCAUUUUUGGUUCCACAAAGAACAUUUAAGUGAACAGUUCUUAAAAGAAUGUUUUUUCUUAGUGUGAAGAACACCUUAAGUGCAAUGUAAAGUUUCCAUGAAUGUUAGUUUCUUCACAGAACCACUGAUGCCACUAAAGAACCUUUAUUUUCUAAGAGUGUAAUAAAUAUGCGCAAAAAAAAUAUUUAUAUAUAUAUAUAUAUAUAUAACCUUAAUAAUUUGCUAAAUAAUACAUUUAAAUAGUUAAAUUAAACUAUUUUAAAUAUGUUGAGACAUUUUGCAGUUUACUGAGAACCACUGGUUGAGAACCACUGUAGUCCUAACAAACAGUAAACCCUUCACUCUCAGCCCCAUUUAUACCUCAUCAGCACAGGAUGGUUUAAAGCAGAUGUGUGAUGGCUGAGAGAUAGUGAUAAUCAUUGUUUGGUAAUGAUUGACAAAUGUGAGGCUGAGAAGAGGAUAAGAAAAAAUAGGGUGAGAGCUCUCACUUUUCAGUAGUGUUGAUUGGAGUGUUUGUUACACACUCUGGCAUGUUAAGUGUGCCUCUGGGAAGCCCGACUACGAGAAAUCUAUAGGAAGGGCUUUAACACUUGUAGAGGAUGUGCAGAAUAUUCCGGAAAUGUGGAACCAUACUUUAAGGUCAUUUCACAGUUUUGGAUAUAUUUAAUGCACUUAAGGACAUGAAAUGCUGCUGUGCCUCUCAUGCACCACUUUCCCAAGCAAUGCGUAUGUGUAAAGUGAAACAAAAACUGUUUGUUUGUGAAAUAGACAUUAAUUUCAUUCAUGUUUUGGCCCUCUGAGAUGUACAUAUUUAAUUUAAAAGAACCAAAUUAAAGAUCAUGACCUUUUGACAUCUGUGCUUCUUAUAGGGGACCUAUUAUGCACAAAUCACUCUUAUAAGGUGUUUGAACACAGUUGUGUGG